GCUAUGGUGAUGGUAUUGUGUACUCGCCUCUUCUGAUUUACCAGCUCACCUGUAUGUCUUGUGUCUUGUUAUCAGCAUGUCAGCCAAUGGAAGCUCAGCCAUCCCACUAGAUAUCAUCGAUGCCAAAUCACCAGCCAAUCAGUACCUGGUUCAGCUACUGGAAGACAAAGGGGCAGUGAGUUUCCAACCAAUGACAGAAGAGAGGAUCCGGCUGGUCUUCCAAGUUUUGGACAAGGUGAGCCCACAGCUGGGCACAUUCUCCCGUCUGAUGGGGCUCCUCGGAGCAGAGUUACAUGAUGCUGUAUACAUACACCCAGGCAGUCAACUUUGGAAGGGCUGGAAGGGGACUCAUGCAGCCCCAUAUUUCAGCCUGGCGCAGCAUAUGCAGGAUGAGCGAAACGAGGAAGUGGACCGACUCCAGUCUGAGAUUCAGCGGAAAAACACCAUCUUGUCACAGAAAGAAGAGGAGAUUGUGACACUCAGAGAUAAGAUGUCUGCUGUGCAGGAGAAGAACCAGACAUUGCAAUCUGCCAUGGCUGCUCUGAAACUGGAGGCCGAGGAGAGCCGGAGGAAAGCAGAGAAAUUGGAUUUGGUGAUCCAGGCUCUGGACAGACAGCUUGAGAUGGAGAGACAGACACACAGACAGUCCUUGUCUGAUCUUCAGAGUCAGCUAAAUUUUUGCCAGGAUCACAUACAGGAGAUGAAGGAAUACACUGCAUCCUACCAGGCCUUGCAACAAGCUUUCCGGUCUCCAAUGACCCGGUUGAAACCAAACAUCUUGUCAGCACCAGGGAAGGUUCCUGCAGACCGGACGGCGGUCUCAUCGACAUUUGUGUCAUCAUAUCUGCAGACCAGCAGACACAUGUACCAGCAGCUUCUCCAUGUCCGGAAUACCGUCAUGGAUGACUUUGAUGCCUUUUUAGAAAGACAAAGUAGCAAAUCAGAAAACGGAGGAUCUCAACCACAGUUGGAUGGAGAGACACAAAGCUUCCUGACCACCCUGGAGGAACUGACACAAGAGCUGUCACUGCUGAGUCAGCAGAGAGAGAGUCUGGAGGAGCGACACGCAGGGUACAACCAGGUCUUGUCCACCACUCAGAGCCUGAAUUCUGGACGUCUUAUACUCAGUGACACAUCUACACAGUCCCUAAAGGAGGCGGAUGAGGAGAACGUUGGACGAUUUCUCGCCGCAGUUCUGUACCCUGAUGAAACGCUGCUGAAUCGCUACGCUGCCAUGAUCUACACCAGCUCAGACAACGGCAGGAUCUUCGAGGAGCUGCCAGGAGCUGACGUGUGUCACAGCUGUGCAGAGAAGACCCUUCUGUGUCCUCACAAGUUCAGAGAGAGUAAGCUGAUUCGCCUGCCCCAGAACUGCACCCACAUUAAAAUCUGCCGCCCUCAGGUGCACCUGUCUGCAGUGCAUGCCAAGAUAGAAGCCAGCAAGUCGAUGUCUCUGGUGGGCACCAUUCAUGGGAACCAUACAGCGAAAAUUGCUCAGAGGUCCCUAGACAGCACCAGGAGCCAAUCAGAAGCAGCCAGCUGGGCUAUGGAUACAAGUUUCCCUGGGCUGGAGAAGGAGUUUGAGAGGAUCGAUCUGAAGACAGAAUCUUGUAGAAUGAUAUCCUUGGAGCUUUGUGUGUCUGUGACUCAGCAGCUGGUGGCCACCAUUGUUCUACAGCUGGAAGGCAAAUCCCAGAUCAGCCAAAUCCAGGACUCGGUGUGGGAAUUCUUUAGGAAGCGCUACAUCCAAGAAGAGAUCAGCCGUCGAGGAUUGGAGGACUACCUGUGCGCCUUGAGGCGGUACGCCCCAGAUAGUCAGGUUCUGCGUCUGCUGGGAUCAAUACUGACACAUGAUCUGGAUCCUUCCAUACUGUGCUAUGUCCUCCUUCAUAUAGAAUCCCUCCAGGUAUCUCCACUGUCGGAUAUGGGCCACUUCCAGUUCUUUCUGCAACAGCACUACCAGUUCCUAGAGGAAACAGAGCAGGACAGUCUGCUGCUUGAGUUCACAGUCUACAGCGAAAAAUGUGUAUCUCCCUCCCGUGUUAUGAGUUUUAUACUACAUCUGAUUCUGCAGCAUCGGGAACCACUCAUCACAGAGUGUCAGGAGGAGUUGUCCACCCACAUGAAGACCCACGCUGGCCAUUUGACAGUGGAAGAGCUGGCCGGAGCUCUGGAUGAGAUGUGUCUCCGCACAGACAAAACACAGAUGGAGGCUUUUAUCCAUCGCUCUGUAACUCUGACUGGAAGAAACCUCAUCACCCUCCACAGUUCUGCCCAGAUUGCAGCGUACCAGAUUGAGCACAUUAGGCGAUGGAAUAAGAAGAAAUCAGAAGUCAGCCAUCCAGACUCAGAUCCAGGAAACACAGGAAUGACCGAUCUCCAUAUCCUGCGCAAUAUACUCCAUCUCACCAAGAGUUAGAGAGCGGAAGUCUCCGGACAAAACUGCUGCGCCAACUGUGACGUCCUCCCAACGAGGCAGGAAGAUUGCAAUGCGUUUGUCAAUAUGAUGGAUGAGAUUUUAGUUUUCAAAUAAAUCCGUGUUUACUCCUCAA